GUUUCCCAAUACUUGGAUGAAGCUAGUGCAAAUCAGGCCCCUUCCAGGAAUGAUUCUGCCAUGUCCGGUAGAAGAUUCUCUUUCUUUUGCUGCAGAGCCGGUGGGAUUAUGUCGUAUGGAAGAACCACUUUUCCUCCAGUACCUUGAGGAAACUUCAAGUGCCUUCAAUGAAUUUCAAGUGCAACUGAAAAAGGCUGGUUAUGACAUCCAGGUGGACAUGGAUCAGAAACUGUUGACAUUCCAGGCCAUUGAUCAGUCUGUGCAGCUGCUUGACUUAGAAAAAGCCUUUGAGUUUGUGCGAAAGAAAUACGUGCUGCAUUGUGAGACACGAGAAGAGAUUCUAAAAGUCUUGAUUGACCACCAAAGUCUUAUGGAUAGAUUUGAAUCCCUCAGGAUCUAUAUCCUUGACCAAAUGUGGCUUGUAGGCCUGUUGGAUGAGAUCAAGUGCUUCUUACAAUGGCUCACCCAUGAGGCAUCUCAAAGGGAACCUGUGAUCUGGGAGUACACAGCUGAGCCACUGCCCCGGUAUACUAUUGCCAAAGAUGUUGUACUUCAGGAGUUGCUCCCAAUCAGUCCUAUGAUAAACCUUGAAAUUACUGCUAAGACUCCAGCAACUAUCAAAUUCUGGGGACCCUGUCAGAGAGUCAAGGAAGCAAAGGAGUGUUUCGAGGAGGUCUUGAACAGCUUCCAGAUUCUACCAGUUCCUUUGUCCAAUUUCCAGUUGCAGUUUGUCAUGGCACAUUGGGACAAAGCGUUCUGCAACAGUUUCUUCCUAGACAGGAGUAUCCCAGUUGUUUUGGAGCUCUCUGAGGUUGUCCAGAUUGUUGGCCUAGACUUGGGCAAAAUGAAAGAAGCCAAAGAGAUCCUCAUGGAGCUAGUGUGUGAAAGAGCUAUGGAGAUUGCAGAGGAUGUGAAAUGGGCUACGGAGUCUUCAGAAUGGAAGCUGCUGCUGCAGCAGAGUCUGGAAACUCAUAAGGGAGUAGCCAUUCAUCACGUGGCACCUGAUUGGGUGAUCCUUGUAGGCUUCUGUCCUAUGGUCACUGAAGUAGAAAAAUCUAUUAAGGCAUAUUUGAGUGAGAAUUCCCAAGUGGAAGAAAAAGUGAGUCUUACUAGACUAGAAUUAGUUUUAGCUGGGAAGGAUCUGCUUCAUAUAAUAGGCUGGGAACAUCUCAGCAUGAACGUUGCAGUCCAGGUGAACAGUGAGUCUUCAGUGCUGCAGGUGAGAGGUCUUCAAAAAUAUGUGAAGAAAGCCAUUCCAGUCAUCAAGAAGAACUUGGAUUCUUUGGUGCUUGAUGUAAUACCUGUAAGGAAGAGAAUUGUUAGAGAAUACGUCUUUGGAAUUGGAGCACAUCUACUCAAGAGCAUGGCUUGGCAUUUGCAUUGCAUUGCUAGGAUGCAGACUGAAGAGUCCGAGGAUUGGAAGAAGAUCAUAGACAAGGACUUCAUAAAAAAAAGAUUUGAUACAGGCAUUUCAGAGGCAAUAUAUAUAAUGGGCAAAUGGAAGCCCAUAAUCUCGUUGAAGCAAAUUGUGGCCAGUCUCCUUGCACAGUUCUGUACGGAAUCCAUCUGUCAUGAAGCAAUUGCCACUUUCAAAAAUAUGAACAUCAAUGAGUUCCUUAGUAAUGUAUCCCACAGGCUUCCUGUAGAUAUCAGUUGGUUGCAGGAUAAUGAAAUCCAGAUUAGUGGUUUCCCAAAAGAUGUGGAGCAAGUUCUGGAAGCUGUUCAUAGAAAGAUUGAGAAAUAUCACUCUGAAAUAAUUGAAGUCAAAGCUCAAUAUGAGUCAAUCCCUUAUACUAUUAUAAAAGAAAGCUUGUUCCAGAACAGAUUUCCAACAAGCCCUUUUGUAAGCACAGAAGUCUUGGGCAAUGAUCCAGCAACCAUCAUAUUUAGAGGUCCCCGUCAGAAGUUGGUAGAACUGAGGAGGCAGUUUGAGGAAUUCCUUAGUGGUUUUCAAUUUUUACCAGUCUCUCUCUCCGAAAUCCAGUUUCAGUUUGUCAAGGCACAAUGGGGCAAGCUUUUUCACAAUGGCUUUUUCUGGGAAAGGAACAUCCAAGCCAUUUUGGAGAUCUCUGAAAUUGUUCAAGUUGGUGGCUUAAACUUGAGUGAAAUCAAAGAAGCUGAAAAGACCCUAAUGGAACAGAUGUGUGAGAAGACUGUAGAGAUUGCAGAUCAGUUGCAAUGGGUCACUGAGGAGCCAGAGUGGGAAGACUUGCUAAACAGAUUAAAGUCUCUUAAGGAAGUUGCCGUUCAUUACACUCCAUCCAAUCAGGUGACCGUGAUUGGCCCUCCUCUUCAGACUGCUAUGGCAGAAGAAUAUAUUAAGGACUACCUAAGAGACAAUUCCCCAUUGAAAGAAAGUAUGUUGCUUAUUAAACCAGAAUUAAUGUUAACUGGGGAGAGUGUCCUUCAUAUUAUGAAUUGGGAACACCUCAAGGUGAACAUCAAAUUCAAGCAAAGUCAUUAUAAAUUGUCACUGCAAGUGAAAGGACUCCGGAAAUUUGUGAAGGAAGCUAUGCCUGUGAUCAAGAAAGAUUUGGACUCUCUGGUGCUUGGUAUGAUACCUCUGGAGAAGAAAGAAUUAUGCAUCUACUUCUCUGAAGAUGGAUCAGAUCUUCUGAAGAACAUGGCAGAAACUCAGAAUUGUAUUGUAAGGAUGCAAACUCAGGAGAGCCACUGCUCUAGCAAUGGUGGAGUCUUGCAAGGUUUAGCUGAGGACCACAAGGCUGUGAUCCAUGUAGUAGGAAUAGAAAGCAAAGUUACUUUUCUCAAGCAGCAUUUGUCAAAUUUUAUUGCCAAAUUCCACAAAGAAACCAUCUGUAGUGCCGAGAUGUCAACCUUCACUGAUGACAGCCUUAAAGCCCUUUGCAAAACUAACAUGCCUCAGUAUCCAGUUGGCUUCCAUCGCCUAAGAGAAAAGGUGGUUUGGAUUUAUGGUUCUCAAAAAGAUGUUGAAAAUAUUUCUGGGAAGAUUUACAGCAAGUUAGAGAAAUUUCUCUUUGCAAAGAUCCAAAAAGCUCAAGCGGAAGAGGCAGUUUCCAAGCUUCUGUAUGAGACUGUCCGUUGGCAUCAUAGAUCUGAUGCCGGAUGGUCUAGCUUUGACAUACUAACCAAUCACUAUCUGGAGCAGGAAUAUGGUAAGAAGAAAAUGGCAACACUACUGUCAUGGAAUGGCGAAAAACUGAUGAUUAAUUUUCUGACGAGUGAAGCCUUCAUCUUGGGCAAGAGAAAAUUCAAGAUAAGGAGAGAUAUCUGCUUAUGGGACAAAAAUAUUGCUCCCUUCUGGGAAGCCAUGGAUGAAUGUUUAGUUAAGAAAGUGGAACUGCAGUCAUAUUCAAAGGAAUAUCAGGAUGUGAUGAGGAAUUUCAACAAGACAGCUGGGAACUACAAAGUUGUCAGAGUAGAGAGGAUCCAAAACCGAUAUUUGUGGGUUUCCUAUUGCUGGAAAAAAAGCUGGAUGGAGAAGAGAAAUCCAGAAGGGACACAGAAUGAACUCAUUCUCUAUCAUGGAACAGUGCCAGAGAACUGUUCCUCUGUCUGUGAAAUUGGCUUCAAAAAUGCUUUUCGAAAACAAUGUAUCUACGGACAAGGCAUUUAUUUUUCCGCCGUUGCUGGCCGUUCUGUGUUCUACGCCAAACCAGAUCACCAGGGGCUCCGAUACAUUUUUCAAGCUCGAGUUCUCACCGGGGAAUAUGAUUGUGGAAGCGUAAAUAUGGUAUUGCCUCCAAUGAAAGAAGAGGGAAACGGCCGCUACGAUAGUUUGGUGGACGUUCUUCAUAACCCGAAUAUUUUUGUGAUCUUUUUUGAUGAUCACGCUUACCCUGAAUAUUUGAUCACCUUCCGUGACUAGGCAUCUUCAUAGCCAUUCUGAGAGAUGGGAAACUACCUUACUGGAAUACAACUGGAAACAUGCAGAUCCUCUGACGUGAAGAACGAAGAUAACAAUUUCAGGGGGUAUAUAGUGUAUUGUUUGAGGGGAGAUCGGUGGAGAAUAAUGAAACAUGCAAUUCAAUUUCAAGUGGAGAUCUUAUCCUCCGGAAAUGGUUUGUGAAACAUCCUCAUGUCAGGAAUGAAUUGUACCAUCCCUAACUCAUCCUCCCAAUCCCACUUAUUCUUAUGUGUGACACAGCUCUACCUACUUUGCAAUUCUCUGCCUCCCUGAGAUUAAAUAUUGAAUGAAGUAAGUAUUAAGGAUAAUUCUAGCCAUCGAAAGGUUACCUGUUCUUGUUUUGUUUAUCUUUUCAGAAUCACCCUCAUAAUAGAAAGAAAUGGAGGGUACAUCAUUAUGGAAUGACGGUUUAGUUUCUUUAGUUUCUUUCUUUUGACCGCGUGAAACUAAAAAUUUUCUUUUAGUUUCACGUGGUCAAAUAUCCAAUUCUUCUGGCUAUUGUUCAUUUCUCAUUUCAGUAUAUCAUUUCAG